GGGUUUUCUGGUCAUACCCAUAUUUACAAGCCCGAGGAGGUGGCAGGGGGCACUAAUCUGCUGCCCGUCCCAGAGGCAAGGAGGCCCCAUCCCGCGGAGCCAAGAGAAUGUCUAGGGAGACCUUUGCGUUCACUUCCUCCACCCUGCGCGCGCUGCGCCUGCAGAGAGAGCGGCUGGAGUGGGAGGAUCGCCAGAGGGCUCUCUCCAGGCAGUGCCUGACCAGGAGGUUCCCACCGGCCACCAGCAGCUCCCUGCUCCCCAAGCCCGCCCGGCGUCCCCGGUACUGCCGGGACCCUGCCGUCCACAACGUCCUGUACACCGGAGACCUGCAGACCAUCAAGAACAUCUUCAAAGACGAGGCUGUCGCGAACGUGAUUGUGGAGACGGUCAGCGAGGAGCUGAUGUGGUCGGCAGAGCUGGGGCUGUGGGUCCUGAGCCCUCAGAAGAAGCACACGUCCCCCUUGCGGAUCGCGGCGGCCCGAGGCUAUCGGGACUGCGUGAAGCACCUGAUUCUGCAGGGUGCAGAGGUUGACUCCAUGGUGGGCGGGAAGGCCGCCCUCCAUGACAGCUGCAUCCACCAGCGUGCUGAGUGCGCCCAGCUGCUCCUGAACUAUGGCGCCAACGCCAACGUGCUGUCAGAGGAGGGGCUGGCCCCACUGCAUCUCUGCACCUCCCCGGAGACCUUGCGGUGCGCCGAGCUGCUCCUGGAGCACGGGGCCCUGGUGAACCUGAGCACCAGGGACAGGCGGACGACCCCGCUGCACGUGGCCGCCGAGCACGGCCUGGAGGCCCACCUGCAGCUCUACCUGUGCUACGGGGCCACCCUCACCCACCGGAACCGGGAAGGGGAGACGGCCCUCAACGCCGCCUGCGCCAGCGCCGACAAGCCCGCCGAGGCCGAGCGCUACUACAGGGUGGCCAAGCGGCUGCUGGAGUGCGGGGCCGACGCCAGGACGGCCGGCAGGAAGAACCACACCCCGCUCCACAACGCCUGCGGCAACUGCCACCCUCGCCUGGUGGAGCUGCUGCUCCGGCAUGGGGCUGCCGUGAACGUCAGCAACUGCGCCGGCUACACGCCCAUGGACUGCGCCCUGCAGGCGGUGGAGGAGUACCUGGACGGGCAGCCCGAGAGCAUCAUCGCCACCUUACUGGACCACGGGGCGGCGGCCAUCAACCCCAAGAUGCUGAAGUUCUGCUCCUUGGCCCCUCGUGCCCUGGAAGUCGUGCUGAAUUCCUACGACCGGAUCCCGUCCUGCGAUUCCUGGGUGGAAGUGGUGCCUCCGGAGAUGUGGCAGGAGCACAAGACGUUCUACGACUCUGCUCUCCAGAUGACGAACCAGCCCCGUCAGCUGCAGCACCUGGCGCGCUGCGCCGUGCGAAAGCACCUGGGAGCGCGGUGCCAUUCCGCCAUCCCCGAACUCAAACUGCCCCCGGCUCUGCGGGAUUAUCUGCAGCUCCCUCUGGAGGGCUACAUCCGGUGAAAGAGAAGAUGCGUCCUUCAGGCGUGUCAUUUGGGGAAUGGCUUUGAAUUGCUGAUGGGUGACUGGAGAGAGCCAGUGGGCUUCAAUACAGCCUGAGAUCCCAACGCACCGGGGGCCGUAUUAUUCUGCCAGUUGACUCGUGCCGAGUAGUAGCUGUGUGGGCUAGUUAUAGCGAGUAAGUUGCCGCUCAGCGGGAGUGAGGUUGGCAGACUCUAGCCAUUUCUGAAUAUACUUUGAUAACAGGACUUGGCUUGUGCCAGCACCGGUUUCCACCCCGCUCUACUGCAUAUAAUACGAGGACAAAGGAUGGUCAAUGAAAUUCAAAAGCAGGACGCUUAAAAGUGACACCGUAGAAUAUUCUUCCCUAUGCAGGGCCUACUUAGUCAGGGGAACCCAUUGCCACAAGACAUCAUUGAAGCCAAGAGCUGAGCCGGACUCAAAGGAAGGACUGGACAUUUGCUGGAGAACCAGGCUCUGCUGAGUUAGACUAGUAAAGCCUUCUAAAAUAUAAGAGUCUCUCUAUAUUUAAACGCUUUCUGCUUCAGGCCACGAGCCAAAUGCUGACUGAUGGGAUCAGGAAGAACGUCUCACUCUGAGGGGAGCAGGGAACAUUUCUUCCUUGUCCCCGGGGCAGGUUAUUCCACGGCAACCUUCUGCUGGGUUUUCUGCACCUGCCUCUAAGCGGCUGCUACGGCCCCCCGUUGGACACAGGACACGAGGCGGGAUGAGCCCUGGUCUGACUGACGUCCUUGUGCGUUGUUUGUUUGUUUUUAAACUCUUCUUUCUAAAUACCAAGAACUGGGGUUAUAAACUCAAGUCUUGGGGAUCCUGGUGCCCUCCAUGGACCCAAAAAGAUGCCCUGGCUACAAACAUGCCACUAGCUGAAAAGCACAAAACAUGCACGCCGAUCGAAUCUGCCACCGGGUUUUGCAAUGCCUGGGGCGGAGGCCUGAUGCCCGGGGUGUGUCCCCCAUCCAAACUGGAGUGCUCUUAAAUUCAGUAAGGAGUGUGGUGUAAAGACCUAAAUGUAGGGUGACCAGAUAGCAACUGUGGGGAAAAAAGGGACAGGGGGUGGGGGGGGAAUAGGUGCCUAUAUAAGAGAGAGUCCCAAAAAACAGGACUGUCCCUAUAAAAAUGGGACAUCUGGUCCCCCUACCUAAAUGGACCGAGGAAGUGCCAGCCCAGAAGCCCAUCUUGUUCUGUGUCCUCCAGAAUGAGCUGAACCUGGCCAUUCUUGAAGGGGUCAAGGAUACCCCCAGUGGCCAAUAAUGGAAUAACCUCCCUAUGGGGGAAGUUUCCUCCUGACCCCUCUGUUAGCUGAUGCCUUGAAGCAGGAGCAUUUAAAAAAUAGUUAGCGCUCUUCAUCUGUAACUCUCAAAGCAGUUACAACGGCAGGUCUGCUUCAUUACCCCCUUUACAGCUGGGGAAACUGAGGCACGGGGCACUGGAAGUGACUUGCCCAAGGUCACCCAGCAGGCCAGUGGUAGAGCUGAGAAUAGCUCCCUGCUCGCCAGUCCGCUGCUCUAGCCACUAGACCACAUUGUAGCCCUUCCGAGGGAUUUUAAAAACAACCUUCUAAUGUAACGAUGGAUGUUCUCAUUAGCUGGAUUGGUUCAGUCUCUUUUUUUUACUUGAAUCCUGCUUCUGUAUUUUAAUCUCAUGAGCUCAAAAACUGCCUGUAGUUUGCAGUAAAAUAUUCUGUUCGGCUUUUGCACUUUAGGGGUAGCCUGUGCUAGUUGUUUCCCCAUGUAAAAUAAAAAGCUACAGCAAAUGUAUUU